AUGGCUGCACAUGCAGGCUUAAUCGUUCUCGCCGUCGUUGUGGUCGCUGCUGGAGCUGCCGCAUAUGAAAACCCCAAUGUCCGAGAAUGGCUAGAACACUCUCGGAGAAAGAUUGCCCAUGCUUUACACUCCCUCGGCGAUGAGAUCAACCCGAGGGUUAAGCAGUCUGGACGAAAUGAUCCUUCCAUGCAGGAAGACGAGACCCAGGCUGCAGAAGAACGAAGGCGCCGUGCCCGUGCCGAGAUAAUGGAGAAGGGGAGGAUCAUGGAAGAACGGCGGAGGAGGAAGAGAGGCUCUCAGGAUUUACCGAGUCCAACUGGUAGCUUUGACACCCUAGUCGAUAAGGAUGGAAUGUUGAAGAAGGCUGGGAUGGUGGACAAGGACGAGGCAGAUGCUACAACCACAGCUGUAGAACCAAUAGCGCUCACUGAAGGUCUCACGAAUCGACGACCGGACUCUCCAGCUGCGAAGGCACUCCAUGAGUCGGUCGAUGCCCCCAUAUCGCUACGUCAGCUAUCCACGUCGCCAGAUACUGAUUCUGAGGACCCAUUCGUGACCGAAUACGAGCGUGAAAUGCGCAAUGCUUGGAAUCUCCCUCUUCCGCCGCAGCCUGCCCCAACAGCGAGUUCUGCGCACGAGUCCGAGUCUCUUAUAGACUUUACGCCUACCUCUGAAUUCCCGGAUCCAGAAAUCAUUAUCCCCCACGGCACAACGGGCAACGACCAUGCGCUCGAGCAAACAGAAUACUUCUCCAUCGCCUCGAACUCAUCUCACACCUUGUCGGAAGCUCAAUUCAGCUCCCCCCCUGUAGUUCUCCCUUACGCCUCUCAAUCUCACCUGCAGCCGGCAUCAGCUAGCGCAAGCAUAGCCGAUAGUAUCGAUCAUGUACAAGCCAGCGAUGUUGAAGGAUCGGUAAGUGAUGACGGCGUUUUGAGCGAAUUCGGAGAUGGUAUCAGAACCCCGGCAAGUGGAUGGACUGAUGUGGGCAGCGUGGUCAGUAGUGAUGCUGGGCAAUGA